AUGGCAUCAGCUAAACUAUGGGGAGGUCGCUUUACAGGUGCCACGGAUCCUCUUAUGGAUGCUUUUAAUGCUUCCAUACAUUUUGAUAAGCGUUUAUUUGAAGCCGACAUUCUUGGAUCACAAGCUUAUGCUAAGGCUUUAGCUAAACGUGGUAUAAUUACUUCGAAUGAAUGCGAUUCACUUGUUGAUGGUCUUAAUAAAGUUCUUGAAGAAUGGAGAACAAACACUUUCAAAAUACAACCAAAUGAUGAAGAUAUCCACACCGCAAACGAAAGGCGUUUGGGUGAAUUUGUUGGAAGCGUUGCUGGAAAAUUGCAUACGGGGCGCAGUAGAAAUGAUCAAGUUGCAACAGAUUUAAGAAUUUGGGUUAGGGAAGAAGCAAAGAAAUUAUUAACCUAUGUUAAACAACUAGUUUAUACAGCUGUUGAAAGAGCUGACAAAGAAAUUGACGUAGUGAUGCCAGGCUACACACAUUUACAAAGAGCCCAACCUAUUCGAUGGAGCCAUUGGCUUCUGAGUUAUGCUUGGAGCUGGCAGGCCGAUGCACAACGUCUUGAACAAAUUAUCGAUCGCAUCAAUGCCCUUCCUUUGGGCAGUGGUGCAUUAGCCGGCAAUCCUUUCAAUAUCGAUCGGGAGUUCCUAGCUAAAGAACUCGGGUUCAAAAAUGUCAUUCCAAAUAGCUUAUAUGGUGUUAGUGAUCGGGAUUUCGUGGCUGAAUUACUAUUCUGGGCUUCAAUGACAAUGAUUCACAUUAGUAGAUUUUCUGAGGAUUUAAUUCUUUACAGCUCUGGUGAAUUUAGCUUCGUUUCUCUCGCAGAUGCUUACAGUACUGGAAGUAGCCUUAUGCCACAAAAGAAAAAUCCUGACAGUUGCGAGCUAUUGCGCGGCAAAUCUGGGCGUGUCUUUGGACAGUUAUCUGGAUUUCUUAUGACGUACAAAGGCAUUCCAAGUACUUAUAAUAAAGAUCUUCAAGAAGAUAAAGAACCAAUUUUUGAUGCAGUAGAAACAUUGGCUGGGUCUUUGCAAAUUACUACUGGAGUCUUAUCAACACUUACAAUUCAUCCAGAUAAUAUGAAGAAAAAUUUAAGCAUUGAUAUGUUGGCUACCGAUGUUGCGGAAUACCUUGUACGAAAAGGGGUUCCCUUUCGCGAAACACAUCAUGUAGCAGGCGCUGCUGUUAGAGCGGCUGAAGAACGUAAUAUUACAAUGGCUAAUCUUGAACUAUCCGAUUUCAAACAACUUCAUCCCUCUUUCGAGCAAGACAUUACUGAAAUUUGGGAUUAUGAAAAAAGUAUUGAAACUAGGUCAAGUUUAGGUGGAACAAGUAGAGCAACAGUUUUGGAGCAAAUACAAAAAUUAAGAAAGUGGUUAAAUGAAAGUUAA